UUGUGGAGAAGUUAAUCAACAACUCUCAACUCCCAAUGUUAACUAAGCCACCACACAGACAUCUCUCUCUCUCUCUCUCCCUCGUGUUCUUAUAAAAAACCCAUUCAAAUUCACAAACCACAAUAUCAUCUCUAAAAUCGUUAAAGAGCAAACACCAAAUCAAAAAGAGAGAAGAAGAAGAAGAGAUGGCGAAGAGCGAAUCGACCACCAUUGAUGUUCCAGAGUCAAGCGCAGUUGCCAAAGGGAAAGCUCCUCUCAUCGUCCAUGGCUCAGCCGCAUCAGCAGCAGCAGGAGGAGGGUACAAGAGAGGACUCUCCAUCUUCGAUUUCCUCCUACGUAUCGCCGCCAUUGUUGCAGCUCUUGCUGCUUCUGCAACAAUGGGUACUAGCGAUGAGACCCUUCCCUUCUUCACCCAGUUCUUCCAGUUCCAAGCCAGCUACGACGAUCUCCCUACUUUUCAGUUCUUUGUGAUUGCAAUGGCGAUAGUUGCGGGAUACCUUGUCUUGUCCCUUCCAUUCUCUGUCGUCACCAUUGUUCGCCCACUCGCAGCUGCUCCAAGGCUCCUCUUGCUGGUUUUGGACACUGCCGUUCUGACGCUGAACACGGCGGCGGCCUCAGCGGCGGCGGCGAUAGUGUAUUUGGCACACAGUGGGAACCCGAACACGAACUGGCUUGCGAUAUGUCAGCAGUUUGGAGAUUUCUGUCAGAAAACAAGCGGAGCUGUUGUCUCUUCCUUCAUCUCUGUCGUCUUCUUCACCAUUCUUGUCGUCAUCUCCGGUAUCUCCCUCAAAAGGCCCUAGCUUUCUGUCCAUAUAUAUGUGUAUGUAAAUGUAUACAUACAUACAUACACAGAACAUCUUGUUUGUCUUUUCCUUUUCGUGGUUUCUGCAAGAGUGGAAAAGGGUCAAAUAUAAAUUGUAUGUAUUUACUACGUUGUAUUUUUAUAUUACUCGACUUGUUCAGUGUGUUCAUCUGAAAUUUGUUCUAGUUGAGAUCGAAUUUAAUGUAAAUGGUGGUUCCGAUUGCAUC